UCUUCUGGCGCACAUUCCAUUUCAGAGAGAAAAGUCCAAAAAGUCAGAUAGCCUGAUAGAGCACCCCCUACCACCCCCAUGCCCCCCUCGGUACCGCAAAUUUCACCUACCAUUCACUCCCCCCUCCCCCUCCCUUCGCUCUCAUUAUCAUCGCCUUAUUGCAUUUUUCAAUGCGAUAAUUCAUUACUUUUUCAUCUUUGAUUUUUCAGAGACACUGUUGAUUCGCCGCGUUGACUGAUCCAUAUAUUAUCAAUAUUGUAUUAAUCAAGUUAUUAGGGUUUGUAAAUUUUCAUUUCUGUGAAGGAUUCAUUUUCUGUUUGAUCGUAUAGGUUCUUCCACGGCGUUUCCAUAUCGAAGGGUUGGGUCUAGGGUUAGGGCGAUGCGGAUGGAAGCGUCCGGUACAAAUUCGGACGCACACAGAGGUAUUUCUUCAUCGAGUAGUAGCAAUAUUGGUAGUAAUUCUAGAAGACAUGGAGGAGGAGUGCAAUUAUCUGCUUCGAAUUUAUUUCGUGCGCCAUUAUCAACAUUAUUGGAGUAUUCUGGAAUUUUAAGGACAAGGUCAAAUCAUUCAGAAUCAGAUAGUUUGAUAAACCAUUUUCAGCCCCGUGUGGAUGAUGAUAAUGCUGGGGCAUCAUCACCAGCUUCUGCUGCUGCUGGUUCUGGUGAAGUUUCAAUUAGGAUUAUUGGUGCGGGCGAGCAGGAGCAUGAUAGAGUUGGGACUGUUGGUGUUGGACCAGUGAGGGAAGUGGAUGGGCAAAAUGAAGUUUUUGGGAGGCCAAUUUCGAGGUCGGGGUCUGCAGCUUCAGUCGGAGCAUUGGAAAGUCAACCGGGUGAUAGAGGGGUGGGAGAUGGUGUCAAUGGGAACGCAGAUAUGGGGGCUGCUGAUGGUGCUGGUGCUAAUAAUAGGGAGUCCUCUUACCAAAGAUAUGAUAUACAGCAGGCUGCUAGGUGGAUUGAGCAAAUUAUUCCGUUCUCUUUGCUUUUGUUGAUUGUUUUCAUUCGGCAGCAUUUGCAAGGUUUCUUUGUUACAAUUUUGAUCGCUGCCGUCAUGUUCAAGUCAAAUGAUAUUGUAAAGAAGCAGACUGCACUUAAGGGCGAGAGGAAAAUCUCUGUUCUGGUCGGUGUAUGUCUUCUGUUCAGCGGGUAUGUAAUUGGGUUUUAUUGGUGGUACCGAAAUGAUGAUCUUUUGUAUCCGUUGUUGAUGCUACCACCAAAGGCCAUACCUCCUUUUUGGCAUGCCAUCUUCAUAAUCAUGGUGAAUGAUACUUUGGUUCGCCAGGCAGCAAUGGUCUUCAAAUGUUUUCUGCUGAUGUAUUACAAGAAUAGCAGGGGCCGGAACUACCGCAAGCAGGGUCAAUUGCUAACUUUGGUUGAGUAUCUUGUACUGCUAUAUCGUGCUCUGCUUCCGGCGCCAGUUUGGUAUCGUUUCUUUUUGAACAAGGAAUACGGAAGCCUCUUUUCAUCAUUAAUGACCGGGCUGUAUCUAACUUUCAAGCUGACUUCUGUUGUCGAGAAGGUCCAAUCUUUCUUCACAUCUUUGAAGGCGCUGUCACGUAAGGAGAUUCACUAUGGAGUAUAUGCGACUCCUGAACAGGUCAAUGCAGCCGGGGAUCUCUGCGCUAUUUGCCAGGAGAAAAUGCAUACGCCAAUCUUACUACGUUGUAAACACUUAUUUUGUGAAGACUGUGUUUCUGAAUGGUUUGAGAGGGAGAGGACGUGCCCUCUGUGCAGGGCAUUAGUAAAACCUGCCGAUCUAAAAUCAUUUGGUGAUGGUUCAAGUAGUCUCUUUUUCCAGUUAUUCUGAAGAAAUAGCUGUCGUUGAGUGGGAGUCUCUUCAAAGCUGCCAACUUCCCUACGAGGAGCUAUAGCGGAUCAGCCAUCCACGGAAAGCGAUAUUAACACUUAGUUCAGUAUCUGAUCUGUUGCCUCCAGAAAGUAGUAGGUGGUAAACAGAGUCUCUGAGGCCGUUGUUUAUAUCUGGUUCCAUAACAAGGAGCGGGCUAUUGUUCAUACGUUUGUGAUGAGAAAAUAUUUGUAUCGGUCCAUUAAUCAACAGAAUUACCAAGUGUACAAUGUAUGAAAUAGCUAAGUUGUCAGAUGUAUAUUUCUAUCCCCUAAACCAACAUAUAAAAAAAACAUAAUAAUUCAUUUCCUAAACAAUGGUAUGAAGAAGCUGCAUUAUUGCGCCCAAUGA